AUGACUGAUGAAAAUUUUGAAGAUAAAAUAAUUCAAAUUAAUGCCCAAGAAGACGAGAAUAUUAUUGAAUUAGACACGGAUCUUGUCGAAAAUUCAACCAAUAAAUAUGGAACUCUUGGCGAAAAUGCUGACGACCUGAUGGAAGCUGAAAUUAUAAUUCGAAAGUUAGAGGAUCACAGGGAAUUACAUUUCAUAAGUCGGGAAGAUGUAAAUAAGUUUGAUGAAAUUUAUGCCUGGGUCAAGGCUCAAAACGCAACGCUAAAGGAGACUAUCGAAAAUUUCUCAAAAGAAUACCUUGGGGACGCAAUAGCAAAAUCUAUAUUUGACUAUCCGUUCCCCGAUUUUAUCAUCAAAUUCCGUGAAGAUCCAAAGGACCAAGAUUACGAGGAACAUCGAACAAAGCGAUGUAAAUUUGAAAGGUUUCUUCUUUACUCUGGUAUGAUUGUAGAGUGCGAAGUGGACGUCAUUGACGAGUUCACGUAUAUGAAAAUAAUUGCACCAUUUGAAAGGCUCUGUGAACAAGCGCAACAGAUGAAACUUAAGAUGCCACUAAACAGAGAAAAUAUUCAACAUCUGGAUCUGCCCCGAGAGAAGCAAUCUAUGUUCCACCCUAUAAUCAAACAUUUUUCUUACAAACUCAAUCCAAACAAGAAUUCUGCAUUCUUCAAAAAAGAUAGAUUGGAAGAGUUUGAAGGCGCCUCAAUAACGAAUUCAAAGGCAGAAGUUAUAUUAAAUUUUUUUAGCAUGGCUAAGCGAAAUUUAAUGGUUCACAGGAUUAUAAUAGCGGCACACUACUUAAAUCAUAAGAUAACCGACGACCAAGGAAACGAAUUACCUUGCAAGAUUCGAAUUAGUUCACUUUCAAUUGAUCGUCUUGUAAAAGAUAAGGCUUUCAUUGGUUACUAUCCACUUCACGAUGGACCAUCAAAAAAAGUGGACACAUCAAAAGUAGAGAAUAUGCGGGCUGAAUUAAAUGAGGCCUGGGUGAAAUCUUUCGAAAGACAACCUCUAGCAAAAGUGAGGGAGUAUUUUGGAGAAAAGUUAACAUUGUAUUUUACGUGGAUUGGAAGCUACACAAAUUGGUUGGUGGUGGCUUCAGUUGGUGGUGUAAUAGUAACGAUUUACGGAUUGAUUGACGCUUUAAUCCAAGGUUCUUUGGUAAAAGGUGUUGGUGGUAUAUCAGUGAUUAUUGACAAUGCCCUCACUGCACCUUACGCGUUUUUCAUGUCAGUCUGGG